AUGCAUGCUCCUGCACACGAAACCUCGAACUUCUGUUCACAUGGCGACACAUACGCAUACACACACACACACACACACACACGCAUACACACAUGCACAUGCAAACAUGUGAAAAGAGGGAGCGGGGAAGAGGCACAGGCACAAGUGGCUGUUCGCACACCCUCGCGACGGUUGAGCCGAAGACGUGUGGAAGACAUGUCUGAAUCCGACGAUCACUCGGUCGGUAGGCCAGUUGGUCUCAAAAUGGGUACAUUCACAAAGCCGGUCGGUGCAGCUUUCACCACCAUUCGGCGUGUGAAAGAAUCAGCCAAAAAAAAUGUGCAUCUUCCCCGUCGUGAAAGGGUUGACACGACACGAGCACAGCGUCAACAGCAACAGCAACAGCAACAGCAACAGCAACGGCAAGAAGAAAAAGAAAAACACCAACAGUAG